AUCAGUGUCGGACACGUAGUGGGGGAGAGAGAGCAGGUCCCGAUGCACAAGUCGCGGCAACCGUCGGCGGAGAUGAAGCCGGACUCCGACUGGCUCUGAUUCUUACAAGCGCUUCUCUCACAGGAGGUCGGUUGCCAGCGGUUAUCAAUAUGGCAGAGCCCUUAUCCCGAGCACCCACCGCUGCAAAAAUGGCGUCACUGGACCGGGUCCGAGCUCUGGCGAUGCUUUUCUUAACUGUCACUUGCUGCUGCGUGGCCCCGGCAAGUGGCAAGGAGAGCUCCGAGGAGACCGUCAUCAUUGGACUGCGACUGGAGGACACGGACGACGUGUCCUACAUGGAUAGGGGCUACCUGCGGGUGAGCGAGCGCUCUCGGGUUAAAUUAAGGGUGUACGGGCAGAACAUCAACAACGAGACGUGGUCCAAGAUCGCCUUCACCGAGCACGAGCGGAGUCGGGCGCUGGGGAGCCUUGACAGCUCCUCGGGGGACAACCAGAGCCAGGAGGAGUCGCCUGGCUUGCAUCCCUGUGGUAUUCGGACUUCGGAUAUUAUCAUAUUCCCCAACAUCAGCUUGAACCGAAAGACGUCUGGAAUAGUGGAAAUCGAGGUCAAGCCCCUGCGGAAGACGGAGCGGAGCAAAGCGUAUUACCUCUGCAUCGCCACCUCUGCACCGGCUGCGGCCGGGCUGCACGACCCCUGGACGGAGAACACCUGGAUCUACCACGACGGGGAGGACACCCAGGUGAUCGUGGUGGAGGAGAAGAAGUUUCUGCUGCCUUUCUGGCUGCAGGUCAUAUUCAUUUCCAUGCUGCUGUGCUUGUCAGGCAUGUUCAGUGGUUUGAACCUGGGGCUGAUGGCUCUGGACCCCAUGGAGCUUCAGAUAGUCCAGAACUGCGGCACCGAGAGGGAGAAAAACUAUGCCAAGAAGAUUGAACCCGUCAGGAGUCAAGGGAAUUACUUACUUUGUUCGCUCUUACUGGGAAAUGUUUUGGUGAAUACCACGCUGACCAUCCUGCUGGAUGACAUUGCAGGUUCUGGCCUGAUCGCUGUGGUCAUGUCCACCAUUGGAAUAGUGAUUUUUGGGGAAAUUGUUCCUCAGGCCAUCUGCUCCAGACAUGGCCUGGCUGUAGGUGCCAACACUAUAUUCCUGACAAAGUUCUUCAUGCUGCUCACCUUCCCGGCCUCCUACCCGGUGAGCAAGCUGCUGGACUACCUGCUGGGCCAAGAGAUCGGAACCGUCUAUAACAGGGAGAAGCUGCUGGAGAUGCUGCGGGUCACGGAUCCUUACAACGACCUGGUGAAGGAAGAGCUGAAUAUCAUCCAGGGAGCACUGGAGCUCAGGACUAAGACAGUGGAGGACGUGAUGACCCCCCUGAGGGAUUGCUUCAUGAUACCCGGGGAUGCCACGUUGGACUUCAACACCAUGUCAGAGAUCAUGAAGAGCGGCUACACCCGCAUCCCAGUCUUCCAGGGGGAGAGGUCCAACAUCGUCGACCUGCUUUUUGUCAAGGACCUGGCUUUUGUGGACCCGGACGAUUGUACGCCACUCAAAACCAUCACUAAGUUUUACAGCCACCCUCUUCACUUUGUCUUCAAUGACACCAAGCUGGAUGCCAUGCUGGAGGAGUUUAAGAAAGGUAAAUCCCACCUGGCCAUAGUGCAGAGGGUGAACAACGAGGGCGAGGGAGACCCCUUCUACGAGGUUCUGGGGAUCGUCACCCUGGAGGAUGUUAUUGAGGAGAUCAUCAAGUCAGAGAUCCUGGAUGAGACAGACUUGUACACUGACAACAAGACCAAGAAGAAAAUCACCCAUCGGGAGAGGAAGCAGGAUUUCUCGGCCUUCAAGCUGACUGACAAUGAAAUGAAGGUUAAAAUAUCACCUCAGCUUCUGCUGGCUACCCUGCGUUUCCUAGCAACAGAGGUGGACCCUUUCUCACCCGUGCAAAUGUCUGAAAAGAUUCUGCUGCGCUUGCUGAAGCACCCCAACGUGAUCCAGGAGAUGAAGUACGACGAGAAGAACAAGCGAGCAGCGGAGCACUACCUCUUCCACAGGAACAAGCCUGUGGAUUAUUUCAUCCUCAUCCUGCAGGGGCAGGUGGAGGUGGAGGCUGGAAAAGAGGGGAUGAAGUUUCAAGCAGGACCUUUUUCCUUCUACGGGACAAUGGCUCUGACCACAUCUCCAGCAUUAGUGUCGGUCAAGCCUCGUUGCCAUGCCAACACAUACAGGUAUGUACUGUGGUUUCCUCUGGCAGAGAACAAGUCUCCUCCACGACCGUUUGGACUCAACCACUCGGACUCUCUGAACCGCAGCGACCGGAUCGACGCCAUCACGCCGACUCUGGGCAGCAGCAACAACCAGCUCAACUCCUUCCUGCAGAUCUACGUGCCAGACUACUCGGUCCGGGCGCGCUCAGACCUGCAGUUCAUCAAGGUCACGCGGCAGCAGUACCAGAACGCGGUGAUGGCGUCGCGGAUGGACAAGACGCCACAGUCCACCGACAGCGAGUUCACCAAGAUCGAGCUCACCCUGACCGAACUUCAGGACGCGGUGGACACGGCCGCCGUGAGCGCCGCCGCCCUCCACACCAGCAGCACGCCCACCGUCACCGUGGCCAUGGCCAACGAGACCUGCCACCUGCUCAACCAGCAGCAGAACUGUGUGGGUCUCAGUCGGAGCAACCACAGCGACGGGCCCAUCUAGCGUCCCCAGCUGGGCGCGGUGGAGACCCACCGCCUUCACCCUGUCUCGCAGACAUACCACGCUCGUGUAGUUGGAGAUGAGGGAAGCGCGGAGGCAGGCGGAGCCAAGGUCAGUGCCCCCCAUCAGCGAGUCAAUACACCCUUUCAUAAAGGGGAGGAUACGUGCUGGAGCGCCCCCUCCUGGACGCUCUCCGGCUCCCGGCUCAACACAGGCUGCGCCCGACGGAGCUUCUCAAUGGGACAAUCUGACACUUUACUGGGCGGUGACUCGGACUCGGAGGACUGGAGCGCAUGAAGACCACCCCCUCUCCCCUCCUCCCCAGACGUACACAUUCACACGACUGCAAGCAUCUCCUCCUCAGGCCAAAGACCUUGGUCCCCCUGUUGUUACACUGGACGCUCACUCAUGUUCUCACUUCACUCCAACCUGUGCAACUUUCAGGGAAACUCAUUGGACUACGAUCCGGUCGGCGAGGACUCCAACCCAAACGUCACAGACUCUGCACCAAAAACCGCAUCGAAAGAAACCGCAUCACCACGAACCAAGAAUGUUUCCUGUAUUUAUUUAUUUUAUAAUAUUGUAUGUAUAUACAUAUAUAUAUAAAUAUAUAUAUAUAUGUACGCGUGGAGACGUGGCACGAGUGGCAUGGGAGCGUGCCGCCGCCGCCACAUCAGCAAGGACAUGCUACAUAUAUGUAGAGCUACUGGUGUACAUGAGCAGGUGGAGGUUUUACAGAAACACUAUGUAUAUUUUUACUACGAUCCUACAUCGGGCCGACGGUAGACCUUUAUCUUUUUCACCUUUAAAAAAAAAAGAAGAAAAAAAAAAAUCACACGAUUGCCUUUACGAGAAAUCACAUUAAUUAUUUUUAACAAAGUGCAAUGAACCACACUUUAUUUAAGAGAUGAUUAUGACAUUUAAAAAAAAAUCACGUUAUUGUAAAUUGACAGAGAUAUUUGUUUGUUUGUGUAUUUGUUUUUAUUUGGAAAAUGCAAUGCUGCACCCCAAACUAAAUCGCCAGCCCCCCCCCCCCCCCCCCCCUCGCCACACGUGUCUUCUUCAUCACCUGGUCGCCGAGGGAGACGCUCGAGGAAAGUGCCGACUCAGCAUCUGUACACACGCCGUACAGUUGUCCGUCUCCUGCUCUGUUUGUUCGUUGUUAGUUUUAAUCGAACUUGAUAAUUGCACAGUAUUAAUGACCUCAUCUAAAAUGUUGAGCAUCAACGUCACAAAAAGCAACCUCGACAUUAAACAUGUCCAUGAAUGAUACGACUGUGUGUGAGAGAGAGUCUGGAGCUGAAACAUGCUGCACAUUCAACAACUUCACAUACAUGUUUAGACUGUGAAGUUCAACUGACCUAUAUAUAUUAUAUAUAUAUAUAUAUAUAUAUAUAUUUCAGCUGAAACUGACCUUUUUAAAUUACAGGAAAGGUUCUCACCCUGGUGUGAAGAACGAGUCUUUCACAUCAACAGUCUCGAGUCUUUGAUAUGACUCAUCGACCUUUUCACUCGACCUGUGUUUUGUCUCUCAUCAUUUUGACUCACUUAGUGAAACAAUCCCUUCUGCUUAACAUGAAUAGUCACUCAUUCGUCGAACAAAGUGAAAGCAUAACUUAAAAAAAAAGUAAUAUUCAUUGUAAAAAAGAGAGAUUCGAAAUGAUGAGAACAUAAAAGUAAAGUGAAUCUAUAAGAAAAUCAUUCAAAGACAUGUAAAGAGAGGUAAACGUUUGGGUCACGAGUGAAAGAAUCGUAAUUUGAAAUAUUGAGCUGCGGCUUGGUUUCUGGAACCAGUGCGAACCGUUUGAAAGAACGUUUUCGCCGAACAGCAACACGCAGACUUUCCCGUCCGACUUGCAUCCGGAGGCCCACAGAGCAGGAAAAAUAAUCUGACUACAAAAAUACAGCAGUCGGCGAGACUGGCCGCUGCCCGGCGCUCACCUCACCUCGGAGUAUUUACAGAAGCACCACUUCAGUGUUGUCAUGGCGACUGAGACCAUCCCAGUGCUUUGCUUGUUGUUGCCUGGCAACGGAAAAUCCACAAUCCCAAGAACUUGAAACACAAAUCAACCCAAACAGUGAACGUUGAUCCCUCGCUGCCUCACGAACGGGAAGGAAUUAGUUGGUGUGGAUUAUAAUCUGAAGCGACCGAAUCACUUUAAAGGAAAGGGAAGUCAAAUCGAUGGACAGCAUCUCAACGUUCACAGUCUGACACUGGUCCUCUCUACUCCCCAGUGUGUGUGUGUGUGCUCGCAGUGUCAAACACACACACACUGGAGUCUUUUCCUCACAGAGAUUAUCAUCCAGCUCUGACUUGGAAACACAGUGAGGGGUGAAGACAGGCUUCGCUCCCUUUGUAAUGUGCGGUUUACUCCUCCUCCUCCUCCUCCUCCUCCUCCUCCUCCUCUUCCUCCUCCUCGUCGUCGUCCUCGUCGUGGCAGUGCGUGAUCUCCUGUGGAGUCUGGGGGAACAUGUUGGGGGCUUUGCCCUCGCUCUCAG